UCCACUUCCGGAAAGAUAGUUUUCUUCAGUAAGCACUUUGAUCGUAUCAGAUGUUGUUCCAUCUGAGGAGGACCGCGGUGUUUUGCUAAACGUGACAAUUGUUUUACCAUCAAUUGGUGAUAGUAAGCUUUUAAAUUAUUGAAGUUGGUCAUUUUUAACAGGCAAAAAUAUGCAAAACUACGUAGAGACAAUCGGGCACUUCGCAGAGACGCACGCGACCAUUCUCACUGCUACUUUUAUUACAGGGGCAGGCAUACUGGCCUUGCGCAAGUGGCUGGCUGGGGGAGUGUGUUGGAGCAAGGUCAGACUGGACGGGAAAACAGUGCUGAUCACAGGAGCCAACACUGGCAUUGGGAAGGAGACGGCCCUGGAUAUGGCCAAGCGAGGAGCAAGAGUGAUCCUGGCCUGCAGAGACAUGACCAGAGCCCGCAUGGCAGCCGACGAGAUCCGACAGCAGAGUGGAAACGGCAACGUGGUGGUGAAGAAGCUGGACCUCGCCUCGCUGCAGUCUGUCAGAGACCUGGCCAAAGAUGUCCAGGCGAAUGAGGAUCGUUUGGACAUCCUCAUCAACAAUGCAGGUAUUAUGAUGUGUCCUAAGUGGAAGACGGAGGAUGGCUUUGAAAUGCAGUUUGGUGUCAACCACUUGGGACAUUUUCUCCUCACCAACUGCCUUCUUGACCUGAUGAAGAAGUCCACUCCAAGUCGCAUUGUCAUCGUCUCCAGCCUGGCGCACGAGAAAGGCAGCAUACACUUUGAUGACAUCAACCUUGAUAAAGACUACAGUCGCCAUGACAGCUACAGGCAAAGCAAGCUGGCCAAUGUGCUCUUCUGCAGAGAACUGGCUUCCAGACUGAAGGACACCGGUGUGACGGUGUACAGUCUCCACCCUGGUGUCAUCCGCACCGAGUUAGGCCGCCACUUGUUCCCUACUUUAGCUCUGUGGCAGAGGAUGAUACUCAAGCCUUUCCUCAUGCUGAUCAAAAGUCCCUCUGCCGGAGCCCAGACCAGCAUCUACUGUGCCGUGGACGAGAGCCAGGCAAACUGCAGUGGCCUCUACUACAGUGACUGUGCGCCCAAAAAGCCGGCACCACAGGCCCUGGAUGAUGCCGCAGCCAAGAAGCUGUGGGACCUCAGUGCUUCCAUGGUCGGCCUAGCUUAAAGACAACAGCCUGCUCCUUCUGCUAAGCUAUGUUGUUAUCUAAUAAGAAGGGGCAUUGCAUUAUUAAUGAAUAACCCCUUUUGGGUCUGAAAGAUUUGCCACCAAAUUUUGCACUAUUUAAUCUCAAACUCCAUUCAGUUGGGUGAAUAUUUAAACCUGAACCUAUUGCUUCAUCUUUAUAUUAUGCAAAUCAUGCAUUAUUUUCUUUUAGCUUUUUGUAUACCUGUCGUAUGCUGCUGUGUCUUGAUCAAAAUAAGGUAAUGCUUGCUUUUAAAUAGACCAGCUUGGAAGAUUGUUCAAUUCCUUCCUCCUUCUUGCAUAUCAUGUGAGCAAGACACUGAACCCCAACUUCUCCUGAAGAGCAGGCCAGCACCUUGCAUGGCAGUUCCACUAUCAGCAGUGUGUAGAUGGGUGGCCAAUGUUAAAUUGCUUUGUCCACAAUAGAGGCGAUAUAUAAAUGAGCAUUUGAUUUUUGAACAUUUUAAUUUCAUUCAUUUGGAAUACUAAAAUGUCAACUUUCCCAAAGGAAUUUUAAGACUUCAAACUAUAGUACAGUAUAGUAUAGUACUUUUUAUCAUCAAAUGUAUUGCAUCAUUAAAAAAAUCCUGUUAUGCAGUAUUACAUUUUCCCUGAGAACUACAAGGAAAGCUAGAUGGCAGCCUAUUUGCGUACAGUUUGAACCGUUAGAGAGUUGAAUCAUUGAAGUGUUACAUUAAGGCUCGGAGGAAAAAAAAUUGUUGUCCUUGAGAAGGUUGAGAGGGAGUGGACACCUCAGGGGACAGCAGGUAGGAAGCAGCCAGUUGAUCCAGAAGAAUAGUCAGCUCACUGAGUGACCUGCUGUGUGCGUGUGUGUGAGUGUGUGCGUUUGUGCGCUGUUUGUUGUAUCAAAGUUAGUUGCUUUCAUCCUCUUCAAUUGAGAAUUGAAAUGUUAGCAUUUGUUAUCCAAAUAAACUCAAAAGCAUACAAGUGGGAACCAGGUGUGAUACCUUUUUGCAAUAAAUGUCUGAUUAAGAAUGUA